AUGCCACCGAAAAAGAAAAAGGGCAAGGGAAAGAAAAAAAAGAAGAAGGAUGAGAAGACCGAACUGACGAUUGAGGAUAAGUACAAGAGAACCAUGGAAGAGAUUGAGUGUCUGAAGGAUGAACUUGCUGCAAGAUCUGAAAUUGCACGAAGGUCCAAGGACACUGCAGAUCGUAUGAAAGAAAGAAUGAGAGAAGCAAAGGAGGAAGUUGAAACUGAGCAGCAAAAUAAACUGGACAUUUCUUCAGACCUUACUCGUCAAUACAAAACAAUGCAGUCUGAGAUGGCUCUUAGGAUUCACAUGUUGGAGCAGACUGUGAAUAAGCUGAGGGAGCAGUUGGCCUCUACAGAAGAAGAACUGAAGAAGACCAGGAAAGAGAGAGAUGAUAUCAGGCGGGAAAAAGAUGAAAUCAUUGCUGAACUCCAGUUUAAAAUUGAUCACAUGGAAUCUGCCUAUGAAAGUGUGCUUCAUGAUGCUUUUGAUAGAAUGGCUGUUAAAGUUGAGGAUGCCAGGGCACGAUGGGAGAUGGAAUCAUCAGAGAUACAGGAGAAAAAUAAACAGCUUCUUUUGGAAUUUGGCUUGAAUCCACUGGAAAUUUAAAUUACUACCUUUAAUAAAUAUUUCCCCUUCUAGUUUACCUGGUUUAGUGUGUAGAAAGUAAUAUAAGCCACAUUCGUAGAUAGAUGAAGAGCUGGUGGAAUAACUACCACAAGCAUCCUACAUACAUUUAGGUACCAGUAAUAGUGAGAAGGCAUUGGGUACAUGAUUGUUUUAUUUACAGUACCCUACACAGUCACUUUCACCCAAAGUUUCAACAUUGCACAACUAAAGUGCAAUAAAUAUAAACUUGGAAACAGUCAUGCUUAAAUUGCAAUAUUAGUGUGUCUUAAACCUACAUAUUUGAAAAUCUUAAAUAAUGUACAUGUACCUUACUACCAUGAGUGGAAAAAGAAAUAAAACAAAGCUUUUGCAUCUCCACAUGAUGAAGAUGGCAGCAAAUAAUCCAA